AUGAUGCUGAACGCCGCGACGAAAAUCGACGAGCUGCAAACCAGCGCCGACGCCGAGAUCAAGAUGACGACGCCGAGAAGAACGCGCCUGCAUCACUCCCUCACCAAGAUGAUCUGCCUCCGCCGCCGAAACGGCAAGUCCGAUAAACAUCUCGGCAUCAAACCGGUCUCAAGCACGAGACCGAGAAAACGAACUACGAAUGGCUUGAUCCCGGCAUGGGUACGUAGGCAGCCUUUCCAAAGGUACACGUCGACGUUCUGGCCAAACCUCUCGACAACACCGAUCUCGUCAUCACACGAGAUCGAGCGGUCUCGUCAUCACACGAGCCCGAGAAAACCAACCGGUUUCGUCAAGCACGAUCCCGAGAAAACGGUUGCCGAAGCGCGACCCCAACCGGUUUCGUCGAAGCACGAUCCCGAGAAAACAAGUGUUGCCGAAGCGCGACCCCAACCGGUUUCGUCGAACACGAUCCCGAGAAAACACCGAUCUCGUCAUCAUAUACGAAAUCGAGCGGUCUCGUCAUCACACGAGCCCGAUAAGACACCGAUCUCGUCAUCAUAUACGAAAUCGAGCGGUCUCGUCAUCACACGAGCCCGAGAAGACACCGAUCUCGUCAUCAUAUACGAGAUCGAGCGGUCUCGUCAUCACACGAGCCCGAUAAAACCAAUCUCGUCGAAGCUCGAAUCCGAGAAAAAUCGUCACAGCAAUCUAUUCUCCUUGACGAGACAAAAGAGGUUUUUCCAUAUCAAGGUUUUAACGAGGCAGUACGGAUCUAAAGUCAAUAACGCAACGCAGCAUCACGUCAGCGCAGCAUCGCGACAGCAUCGGCAUCGCGUCGGCAUCACAUAG